UCUACAAUGCCAUCUGAUCGGUGAUCCUGCAGUUGGGGAAGGUGUCAACAGACAUGUUCUGUCCCUGACUAUGUCAAGCCUUCAAUAUGGAUUUGAACUUGAUGAAGAAACAGAAACAAAAACGUUGCUGUUUGAGGGAGAACCGGAUCACCUCAUUCCCUCGACGUCCAAGUCACUUUUGGAGAGUGAUUUCUUUGUGGUGGCAGGUCGGAUCAUUGGACACAGUUUUCUGAACGGAGGUCCACGUCUUGUGGGCUUAAGCCCCGUGAUCAUGCAUGUGAUGUUUGGGGGGGACCCAGAGACGGCUACAAUCACUGAGGAUCUGUAUCAGUUUUGUGCUGUAUUUAAUUAUAAGUUGCAGGGAAGUAAGGAGCUUAGUGAAGAUGAGAAGUCUUUUGUUCUCUCUGUCACUUUGCCUUGGGACCUACCGGGUGUCACAAGAAACAACAGGUUGUGGCUGAGAGAAAAAUUACUACUUCACGCUGUUGUUGAACGGACCACUCUUCAAGUAAAACAAAUUAGAAGAGGUCUUAAAGAGGCUGGUGUCUGGGAGUUUUUCAGUUCCAGGCCAGAUGCUGUAAAGGCCCUUUUCCCCAGAACUUCAGAAGCACAAAUUACGCCAAAGGUUGUUCUGGACAAUAUCAAUUGGCCUGGAGAAGAGGACAUAGAUGAGGACAUCGUAUCCAUUGAUCAUCAUAACAGGAUCAUGGGUUAUCUUCGUAGAUUUAUAGAGACGGGUACCUCUGAUAUGUUGAAGAGUCUGCUCACCUUCUGGACUGGAUGGAAUGUUGUUUCUCCGAACCUGGAGGUGGAAGUCAUUGACUGUGGUCUGCCCCAGGCAUCUACUUGCUUCAUGACCCUGAAGCUUUCAAAGAACUGCUUAAACUAUGAGGACUUCUCUCAGGAACUCAGUGCGAGCAUUUCUUCAUCAUACUCUGGUUUUGGCCAGAUUUAGGCUUUGAAGGAUUUGGUGGAAAGCUGGUGUAUGUUUUUUAAAGUACUUAGUACUGUUAGUCCAUAUGUUCAGUUCAUUGAUGCAGUAAAGAAAAUCAUUAUUUUCAAGACUUCAAAAAUCCCCCAUAGAAAUGUGUCCCACAAAAUUGUGCCAUUGUCAAAGCCAAACAACCCUUAAAGGUUACGUUAUCAAGCUCAAGGCAGCCUUUAUUUAGCCUUUGCCAGUGUUCAUCUGUUUUUAAAGCAAAGGUCCCUGUAACUCGAGGGGUGGAGUUUAGGAACCCUGGUCUAUGCAGUUGUCUCAAGCUCAAAUCCUUGAGGGCUGAUGUCCUCAUUUUUGAUGCGUUUCUUAAAACGUUUUACACCAAUUACUGGUUAGUUUUGGUAUUACAAAAUGCAUGCAUGUUUUAAUGUUCUGCAGGGUCUGAACUUUUUUUUUGUUGUCAGCAUAUUAUGCUUUUUCUUGCUUGCAUAGCUGUUGCAUGUGAAUUUACAUCUUGUUGGGGGGGGGGGGACAUACCGUUUGAGAUUCAUGUUAUGCUGAAGCAUU